GAGAUUGAGUCAGAAAUGGUGCGAUUUUGUUGAGCCUAAAUCGAGCCCCGUAAUUUUCUGCGAGUCAUAAAAGAGGCACCCGAGCUGUCUUCCAUAUAAAAAUAGCAGAAUAGUGAUUGUUAAAAGACCGGAACUGGGAAUCGCAUGAGAGAGAGAGAGAGAGAGAGAGAGAGAGAGAGAUAGAGAGACAGAGAGGGGGCGCCAAGACUCAAGACAAGAGUCUGGUUUUGUUCUUGGUCGAUGGUUAUUGGCAUGGAGGCAGCGGAAACUAGGUAUUAUGACAUGGAUUUCUUUGAGUUGGCUAAAAUUAUCUUUGGAAAAGUUCAAAAGCUGGAACCAGAAAAUGUUGCCAAGAUCAUGGGAUGCAUAUUUUUGAAAGAACCAAGUGAACAAGAAAUGAUCCAAUUAGCAUAUGGUCCUGAACACUUAUUAUUAUUGACUGUAAACGAUGCCAAAAGCAUGCUCAACGUACUUUAUCCCAAGAAUUUUAUGCCUGACUUCCGAAUUGGUUCUUACCCUCCCUUUGAAUCGCAAUCCUCCGACUCCUCUUGCAACAAUUUCCGCAUCUCAACAUCUCAUUGGAAUACUCGGCUCGCUCAAAAUGAACACCAUGCCUCAUCCCACAGUUUUGAUUUAUCCCCAUUUUCUGAUUUGGUUGGGGACAAGUACUCCUUCCAGACUCGAACUCAAUCAAUGGAACCACUGGAUGGUGCUCCUUCUAGCCACAUUGCCAACUUCUGCCCGGAUACUGCAUUGCCUGGUGGAAUGGCUUCAAGGUUCAACAGGAGAUCACACAGCUUUUGUGACUUGCCUAUUAAGGCUUGCUACUAUUUCAGCAAAGGCUACUGCAAGCAUGGAACUAAUUGUAGGUACUCACAUGCCCAGUCCUUCCCAGAUGGGUUUCCUCAUGCGCAUAGCACCAAUAUGCAAGAAUGCCCCAUUGAGGACAAUACACUCACACCGAGAUCAUUAGAGAAGUUGGAAUUUGAAAUUUCAGAGCUUUUAAGGUCAAAGAGGGGAAUGCCUGUUUCAAUUGCAUCGUUGCCCAUGCUAUACUUUGAAAAGUUCGGAAAGAAUCUUCAGGCUGAGGGGUACCUCACUGAGAGUCAGCGCCAUGGCAAAGCUGGUUACAACUUGACCAAGCUGCUGUACCACUUGAGGAAGAGCAUUAGGCUCAUUGAGAGACCGCAUGGACAACACUCAGUAAUUUUGGCAGAGGAUGCCCCAAGAUAUAGGGAGGGCAGGAAUGAGAGAAUUGACCUAUCUCCAAUUUCAUCUAGUUCUCAUCAGAUUUAUCUUACUUUCCCUGCUGAAAGCACAUUCACUGAUGAAGAUGUUUCAGACUACUUCAAGCAAUAUGGUCAAGUGCAUGAUGUUAGGAUUCCUUGUCAAGAAAAACGCAUGUUUGGGUUUGUUAGCUUUGUCCAUCCUGAGACUGUCAACAUUGUUUUGAUGAAGAGGAAUCCCCAUUACAUAUGUGGUGCCAGAGUCUUGGUGAAGCCAUACAAGGAAAAGACAAAAACCACCCUGGACAGAUCUUACACAGAAAAUUCAAAACCCAUUUUACAAUAUCAUUCCAAUCAUCAUGAAAUGGAUCGUGAUGCUCAUUCUGUGUUACAAGAAUCUGAGAGUGCCAGACUACUUCGAUAUCAGCAGUUGAUUGACAAAAAUGAGAUGUUGGAGCGUGAGAGAACACCUCUCUCUGGAAUGAACUUGGCUUGUACGGCGGUAGCCCAGCAACAUUAUUUGACUUCAGGGGUUGAUGACUUGAAAACUUUAGAAGGUCCCAAUCAGUUCUCACUAAAUCAUUUCAGCUAUGAAUUUGACCUACUCAACAAUGGUACCACAAUUGACAGCAAAACUAGACAUACAAGCGAACAAGAAAGUGACAUCCUCAAACUCCCUGAUAGCCCAUUUGCAUCUCUAUCUUUAGCGAGUAGGAUCUCAGCAGUCCUAUAAUUAUCCAGAAUGGGAGAAAAAAACAAAGAAAUCAAGGGAGCUUUCAGUUCCAGUUUACAUCAGUUGACUCAGACUACUAAUAAUCUUUAUAUUCAGCAAUGGACCAAUAAAUGCGUCUCCAUUUUUACUGUGAAAAGGAUAGGAUGAUGCCUAACAGAAGGAACUUAUCGUUGUAGAUACUGAAGAAGGAAAACGGUGUUCUUAAAAGAGGAGACUAAUUUAUCAUAGAAGGACAAGAUCUACCAGAAUAGAAAUAAAUGUGAUACAUCUUACACUUUAGGUGGUAAUUAGCUGAUAUACCUCAAUAAUUACUUGUGUCACUUGCUAUUAAAUCUUGUGGCAAACGGCGGGCGGAUGAUUGAUUACUGAAGAAAGUACUAGAUAAUACAACGGUUGUAUUACAAACUUUUGCUCAUCUUCCUCGAAAUUAUUGCUGAAACAGCUGAAUGUAAAUAUAUAGACAUUUCUGCUACAAAUUUUAUGAUGAUAAUUCGAAAGUUGGAGUCAAGAAAUCUCUGCUUGUGCUAUGUUAAA